CCCGGCUCCUCCAGCUCCUUUGCCAGCCCAGGUCCGCCCAGCCUUACCCAGCCGGUGUGGAGCUCGUGUUUCCCCACCUCGUCGCGGAGAGUCGCUGCCGAGUGGGCGCUCGGUGUUCGGGUCGUCAUGGCUGGUUACGAAUACGUGAGCCCGGAGCAGCUGGCUGGCUUUGAUAAGUACAAGUACAGUGCUCUGGAUACCAAUCCACUCUCUCUGUAUAUCAUGCAUCCAUUUUGGAACACUGUAGUAAAGGUAUUUCCUACUUGGCUGGCUCCAAAUCUGAUAACCUUUUCUGGCUUUCUGCUGGUUGUAUUCAAUUUUCUACUUAUGGCAUACUUUGAUCCUGACUUUUAUGCUUCAGCACCAGGUCACAAGCACGUACCUGAUUGGGUUUGGAUUGUAGUAGGCAUCCUAAACUUCACAGCCUACACUCUAGAUGGCGUGGAUGGAAAGCAAGCCCGCAGAACCAAUUCCAGCACCCCGUUAGGGGAGCUUUUUGACCAUGGCCUGGAUAGUUGGUCAUGUGUUUACUUUGUUGUAACUGUGUAUUCCAUUUUUGGACGAGGAUCAUCUGGUGUCAGUGUUUUUGUUCUUUAUCUCCUGCUAUGGGUAGUUUUAUUUUCUUUCAUCCUGUCCCACUGGGAAAAGUAUAACACAGGGAUUCUUUUCCUGCCAUGGGGAUAUGACAUUAGCCAAGUGACUAUUUCUUUUGUCUACAUAGUGACUGCGAUUGUGGGAGUUGAGGCCUGGUAUGAACCUUUCCUGUUUAAUUUCUUAUAUAGAGACCUAUUCACUGCAAUGAUUAUUGGUUGUGCGUUAUGCGUGACUCUUCCAAUGAGUUUAUUAAACUUUUUCAGAAGCUAUAAAAAUAACACCUUGAAACACAAUUCAGUCUAUGAAGCUAUGGUUCCCUUCUUUUCUCCAUGUUUGCUAUUCAUUUUGUCUACAGCAUGGAUCCUCCAGUCACCUUCAGAUAUUUUAGAGUUACAUCCUAGAGUAUUCUAUUUUAUGGUUGGGACAGCCUUUGCCAACAUCACAUGUCAGCUGAUUGUUUGUCAAAUGAGCAGUACCCGGUGCCCAACUUUCAAUUGGUUGCUGGUUCCUCUCUUCUUGGUUGUCCUGGUGGUAAAUUUAGGAGUAGCCUCUUACAUUGAGAGCAUUCUCCUGUAUACAUUGACAACUGCUUUCACUCUGGCCCACAUCCAUUAUGGAGUACGAGUGGUAAAGCAGCUGAGCAGCCAUUUUCAGAUUUACCCCUUCUCAUUGAGGAAACCAAACUCGGAUUGACUAGGAAUGGAAGAAAAAAAUAUUGGCCUGUAAUCUACAGAAAGAAGUACUGUAAAUAAGAUGCCUGUAAAUAUUUCAUCCAUCACCAUUGAACUAAACUGAUCUGCUUAAUAGACAUGGGAACUCAGUGUGUGUGGUACUUGGACAGCAGGAAUGGUAUAUAUGAUCUGAACUUGUGGAACUUUAGACCUACUAACUCCCAGCUUACUUUGUUUUAUUUUUUUAUAAAACCAUGUGAUGUUUUGGUUAAACAUAAUGUACAUUAGGUCAGCAAAAUGUUCCUAGUGAUUUUACCUUCAGGAGUCCAUAUUUGGUUGUAUUUGGUUCAUACAGAGUUAAAGAUGCUUGGCUUUUAUUUUUAAAACCCCCAAAUUGGGUUAGGAGCACUAAUAACAUUCAGAAAACCCCAGUAUGUUUUCAUAUUUGGCACUUAGUAGUAGGUCUUUAGCUAUGGAAACUAUCAAUAGCCCAAAUCUAACAUAAGGGAAAAGAUAAGAUAAGAGCAAGCUACCUUCAGCAAGAGAUGCCAAAUGAUUAUGGAACAAUACACAGUUGCCAAAUACUGGUUUCUCUUUCCCAUGGAAAUGCCUUUUGUCCUCAUGUGCUAAGAGAACUGAUAUAUAUAUUUGGAUUCUCUAGGAUUCUGGCUCUCUUUGAUAUGGAACAGAUCUUGAUUAAUGGUUUAAUCUUCUUUUAAAGAAAAAUAUUCUAUUGAGGCUUAGUAGAGAAUGGACUGGAAUUGUAGCUCGCUCGUUGGCAUGGUUCAUUGUUUAAAUGUGGCAUUUUCCCCCUCAGCUGCAAGUUGCCGAGAUUUGGUGCUUGUGAACUAUGAUCAAAUGAAUGCAUGUGACAGUCCCAGUCUUAAAAUAAUGACCUGUGAGGAACACAGAUAAACUUCCUUAUAAGAAAAAUUUUCUUAAGAGUUAGGAAUCUCAGGAACCUCACUCUGAAAUUACUACAGUGAACCUCACUGUGAAAUUAGUUUUCUGAUAUAAUAUAAUUUUCUGAUAUAAUUCCCUUCUCUGUCCCUCUGUUUCUUUCUGUGGGGGAGACUGCUGUGUUUUUUAUUUCAUAAAGGAUAAAGAAGUAGAGAGAAAUUCUCUCUUCCCCAACUCGCUCAUUUCCCCCCAUUGAAGAAAAUUUUUUAUAUCUAUGCCUUACUGAGUAUAUACUCCCUUUAAUAUGACUUGGAGUAAUUUUUGAGGUUUAUUGACAAACAUAAAAAUCCCUUUGAUUUUGACAUGGUUGUUUUAUGAUUACACCUUUCUGUGAAUGUGGAUAUUUUCUUCUAUUUCUUUUUUGGUUUUUGUCUCUGUUUAGUUUGGUGGUGGUGAAAUUUAGUGGCUGAUUUUCUUUUAUUUUCCACGGAAUGAAGUUUGUGCUUGAAUGAAGAGUGUAUCUUAAACCCUUUUUUUUGGACAGAUUGCACUUGGAUAAAAUAGGCACCACUGUGUUGAUAUGUAAUUAAAUCCAUAAUCAUUAUUUAUCUAUGAAUGUGACCAUCGUUAAACUUAAUUAUAGUGUAUUCCUUUGUUGAAUUUUAGUCUGCUGCUUUGUAAAAAUAACUAUGUAAUGGGUAUUUCAGUUUUUAAAUUUGUGAAGCGUAAUCACUGUCAUUCAAGUUAUUAGAAAUGAGGUGUCAAAGAGCUAACACAUGGUUCUGUACUCAUUUUUAAAAACUGUAAAGGUUGAAGUUUAUUCAGUGACUUUCUCUGAGACAAAAAUGAACACUGAAAAUAGGUGAGAAAUUGAUGCAGGAAAAUAUGGGUAGUGAUUCCAUGUUUGUUAAUAUAAUUGCCAUCAUGAAGGUCAGCAAAUGAACUAAUUAAGUAAAGGUGACUGUUUUUUGUAUACCUUGUUCUGUGUCAUCUGUAGAACUGAACUGGAUAAAGUGUUAAUUUGGGCUGGGAACAAAGCUUUGUUUUAAGGUUCUAAGCUAAUCAUUUUACUGUUCACCUUGUACCCAAGGAGAUUCGUCUGUAUUAUAUAAGAAAAGAAUUGAUAAAUAUUUAUAAAAUGACAAAUUUGGACCAUAGGCUUUCUUCACCUUGUACAGUAUAGUUUAAAAAAAAAAAUACCCUUUCCUUCUGGCAUAGGGUCAUGUCCUAUAAUUUAGGGGCUAUUUUACCUCAAAGUGUGUUUCUCUUCUCUUUCUGUUGCAUCAGGUUUAUUUGAAAGUUGUUUUGUGCCCAUACUUUAUUUCCCAAUGGUGGUUAAGAAUUAUGCUAUAGUCAGUUUUAUUGGCAUCAUUAGAUGAAAGAAAGAUGGCUGUCAACAAGGUGAAAGAUGAAAAGUGAGUAAUUAACUGUUUCAGAAUACUGUGGACUUGUGAAUCUUUAGUGUACUGCUGACUCUCUUUCUUGGUUUUGUCUGCCAUCUUGAAGUGCAUCACGAAAGCUCCCAUUUGUUAUGCAGUGAUACAGCAGCUGACGCAGGACUUAGUUACAAAGAGCUCAGUGAAUUUAUGUCAUUGCCAAUUAUCAUAACAUUUCCAAAGUAUAAAAGCUAUUUCACGCUUAUGCAUGACAUUUUGGGGUGCAUUCACACCCCCCAGCCUUUCUCCCAGCAUACUCUGAGCUGCCUUUUGGGGAGCAAUGGCAUGAUUAGUCAUACAUGCAUGUUUUCUGUGCAUUUCAGAAUAGAGUGCCUUAGCCAGGCCAGAGGUUUGCUUUGUGUUUCUGCUGACCAAAGUUACCUAGACCUGUAAGAAGUUUCUUUUCAGGUUAUGGUUGGAAAAAUGUCCUUUCAUGCUUGUCAGAAAAUAAUUCCCCUAUAUUUGAGGGGAGCAUGAGAUAGAAAAAUCUAAAAAAUGCCUGAAUAGAGUAUGUUAAUGCUGCCUUUUGUGAUCCUUUAAUAACAUUCAUGUUCUUAGUAUAAUGCACAGUUAAAAAUUGCCACAAUUUAAACCAUCAUUCCUCCAUUAAUGUGUAAUAGAUGUAGUUUAUGGGUUUUAAGCUUAAGGGUUAAAGAGUGAAUAACUUCCAAAUAAACUAAGUAGUUUUCCUUGACAUUUUAAUAAUAUCAUGAUCAAAUUACUUUUAAUUGUAAUAUUAAAAAGAAAGUUCAGUGCUGAUUAUGGUCUAGAAUGUUAUAGUACUAUUAACUGACAUGACAUUUGUUUUAAUAUAGAGGUAUUGGGAAGAGGAGUGUAUAUCUAGAGUUGCCCAAAUUCUAAACAGAUACCAAAAGAAUAUUGAUCGUAACCUAGAGCCUGGGCACUAGUGGAACAUGCAAAGGAAAAAGCAGGCAUAGUAUCCACUUUAAGGGAUGCUAUGCCUUUAGUGCCCAGUGAUGUUAAAAUUGUCACAAUUUAAAUCAUCCCUCCUCCACCAAUUUCAAAUUCAAAUGUGAAUUUGAAAGUUUCCCAAGUGUUCAGUUGAGUUUAUUUUGUAGUCAGUCAAAAGGCAUUUGGAAUGUAGCUUGCUUUCCGAGGCCGACUUUGAUUCUCUAACCUACAGAGAAUAAAAAGAUAAUCUGAAAGUAUUUGAGUCAAAGGCUCCUUUUCCCCCUUUAUAUUUUAACUGGGCGACUGUGUUUGUUUAAGUCUUCCUUUUCAUUCUUCACCUGGGUUUCCCUUUAACUAGUCCCACCUGGGGCGGAGAUGCCCACUUGCUUGGUUGCCUCUAGAUCUUGCCGCAUACAAACCUCCCUGGUUGCCUUUGAUCUCGUGCUUAGUCAAGGGCUGGGAACAUGCCCGAGGGGACAGAGUAAACCUGAUGCGCUAGAACUUCUGACUUUGGGUCUUCAAAUAAGCCAAAAACGGAUACAGAAAUCUGGUUGUGUUGAUUCCUGUGUUCAGAGUGGCCUUUGUCUUGACCUCAGUUCUGGCCUUGCUUGAGCACUCUUGCAGGAAAUUUGUGAAGUCCGACUAGAAUUUUCUUUGUCUUAUCAGGUGUCUUUGUGAGGCAGCAUACCCAUUCUUGAACACCCUGUGGGUGAGUAAUCUUAAGUGAGCUGCCAGUACUAGAACCUUCCAAGAAGAAGUUUAACUAGUAUGCUGCAUUUGAAGCACUUUGACAUGUACAUUUUAAGUAACAGUUUUAAUGGUAAAAUGGUGUUAAAUUAAUCACUGUGAAACUUGAAAGUGUGAUGCCCUGUACAUUUCAGGAAGCUUAAGUAAAUUUCUGAUUUUCCAUUAUUAAUUAUGUAACCCAUGUGAUUUGUAUAUUUUACUUUUCAUCUUUGACAGUGGUACAAAUGACUGACAUUGGCAGGCUGUUACUUUAGGGUAUAUGGUAAAUCAUGAUUGUCUAACUUUUCCAGAGAAAGUGGCAAUGUGUUUACUUUUUCUUUUGUGUUGAGACAUGAGAAUUGGAUUUAUUGGCUAAUUUAUUUCCAGUGUUUCUACAGUGCAAAAUAAAUGUAACCUUUUAAACCUGCAUGCUAGUAAUGCUUUGGUUUUUAAUAAAUAUGCAAGAGGUAAUCUAGCUGAUUUUUAUUUGCUUGUUUUUAAGCAGGGACCUGUUCUUUUUACAGACAGAUGUUAAAUGAGCUAACAUGUAGGAUAGCAAAAGAAGUUUUGCCAUUUGUAGCCUUUUUCAUAGGUGGCCUGAGCGAUGGGGCUUAUGUUGCAUUUGGUCAGAAAAGCCAGGUUUCCAGAAUUGGAAAAUGGCACAUGGACUGAUUUUAGAGUAUUUUAAUGAGAGCUUGUCUCGAGGAAAGUCUGUUUGGACACAACAGAAGUAGUGUCUGGUCUUCCACAGACCAUUCACACAAUCUUACUCUUCACAGAAUUAUUCCUAGAAAAUCAGAUUAAAUCAGAGUGGUGUUAUUUUUAAAGCCUGUGAAUUGGAUCAUGGCCAUGAAGUACCUAAUGCUACUUUGAAAUUAGAGAUAGUAUUGAAGACACAACUUGGGUCUAAAUGCUGUGGAUGCCUCAUGGCUGUUAGGCUAAAGUCUUCUCUUGAGCGGUUUCUAUGGGUAACAGUUAGAAUAUGAAUUGAUUUUGGUUUUUAUUAAGACAUAUACAAUCCAACAUGAGCUCUAGAUUCUGAUAUUCUUGACAAGCACUUUUUACUCUCUAAAGGGUAAGUUCUUGACCAGAAACCUGUUUACUUUAGUACUCAAUGUUACUAAUCAGUUUAUAGGAGGAGCCUGUUUUAAUUUUGCAAGAUCUAUGAAUGCUGCAUUAUAAAUCUGAACUACUGGUAUCAUUCAGUAUCAGACUCUGAAUUGAGUAACUACUUGUUAAGACUGCCCACAAUAUUAACAUUUUUUGUAAGUUAUUUUUUUUGUAUAGCUUAUACCAUUAGAGCAGCCAUUCAGGAGACAAAGACCCAGUUGCAUGUAAUGAUUUGCUCUUUCUGGAAUGUGCCAAGAAAGCAAAGUUCAGUAUUAAACUCCAAAUUUCAAUUUAAAAACUUGCAUUUCCUCUGGGUAAAGGGGAUGGCAGUGAAUAAUUGCUGAGGUAUAAACUCCUGCCUGCCUGGCUUCUCCCCUUCCCCUCCCAUCUAAUAUAAUAGAUUAAAUUUAUAACCAAUUGUAGGAAAACAAACUGAUACUUUUCUGAGUAAGAUUUCAUGCCCUGUGACUAAGACUAGGUGGCAGGAGUCAUGGCCGAUGAGUGACUGAGUAUCUUAGCUUGGUCCUGCUGCGGUUUGCUUUCUGUAGUGUUCUGAAAUAAAAGGGUGGUUCCAUCCCUUCUCAGGUACCUAGAAACAACCCCACUUAAGCAACUGGAAUGUGUUUGUUGCAAGUGGAGUAUAUUAGAGAAGAAGAUGAAGAGGAGCACAAAGUCUGAUUUUCCCUUUCAAGCUGUUUCAUUGAACAUGUUAGUAAUCGACCUGUCUAGGACUUGCUGUGUUCAUAGUAAAUAAUGUGUGUUCAUUUUAUCUGGUUAUGUCUGGAGUGUGUAUAUAUACAUAUUUAAUAUGUACACGUAUAUUCUCUGUGCAUAUAUAUGUAUGAUAUAUUCGUAUAUACAUGCAGUCUACUCUUGAUUAUCAGCAAGACGGUAAGCCCUCAGCUGGCUAUUUCUUCAUGUUGACUUAACCUGCAUGUAGCCUCUAAUUCUGUGAAGCCUCUUCCUUAUUUGGAGCCACAGUCUUUUCUUCUUUCAGUUCAUCUCAGUCCCCAAGAAAGGCCCUGGAAAUAUGUCACUUUCCACUUCCCUUUCACCAGGGAUUGUGUGAGCCAGAAAGACAGCUUUUGAGAGAUGGCUGCUUCUACGAGAGUUGAGGCUUCUGAGUCUGAAGGAUGGUGGGGCCCAUUCCUGGCCAGACGGCAGCCCCUGGAGCAGCUGUGCUCAUGCGCUUGAUGGGGAAAAUCUAGCUUUUGUGGGAAACGGGGCUUCACGACUUGCUUGAAUUCCUUAGCUGGAAUGUUGCGAAGCCUUAGGUAAUUUGAUGGGUUGGAGUACAGCUGUGCAUUUCUCCAUUCGUUUGUGCCCUCUGUAUUCCUGUACCCCUUGCUAAUCCAGAUAAUCAAGACCUGACUGGUUUCUUGCCACUGGAUUCUGGAAGCCUUGCCCUUUCAAUUGGAUUUAUGUUUAUUUCUGCUGCUGUGAAACCCAAAAGUAAUGCAGUAGGUUUUAAUUUAAAAUUGUUUAAUUCUAUUAUUGACAAAUAUUUAUUGUAAUAAAAGUAAAGAGUAAAUAAUUUUAAAAUCCUUUUAA